ACAAACAAACCAACAAGCUAGUACAAUAUACCCACCCGAAACCAAAAGCCUAACCAUUGACAAAGCGAAAAAUGAACUCUGGAAUGAAGAAAUAGGCAUUAGAAAUAAAAAUUGCCAGACACAUUACUUGAACAUGUUAGCUAUAUACAAAGUGAAAAAUGAAACUACCUGGAAUGAGGAAAUAAGUAUUAGAAAAGUGGAUAAACGAAAAUCACCAAAAAAAAAAAUAGACAUGUUACUUGAACGUGUUUCACAACCAGGCAAACAAACCAACAAGCAAGUUCAAUAUACUCAUCUAAAACCAAAAGCCUAA